CUCUCUCUCUCCUCCACCUCUCCUUCAUUUGUAGCUUCCCUCCAUCACCACCAGGGGCUUCUCCACACCGCGCCGUGUGUGUGCCGAGAGCGGCUCGGCCGUCCCCCCUCUCUCCCCUGCACUUCCUCGGAACGGAGACUCCAGACGCGCAGCGCGGUGGCAGACAGGGCGCACGGAGCGUCUGUCCUUCUCAUUUUCACCAUCACACGGAAUCCUAUACCUUUCAUUCCGGGAAGAGGCAGCAAGUUGAUGCCCCCGGCACCGCAUCCCUCGGCAACUUGACACGGCCAAAGGCAUUUGUUUCCGCCCGCACGAUAACAGAAGAAGUUGGAGAGGAGCCACAGAACGGGAGAGAGACUAAUGUUGGAUGGCACAGUAAAGACAACCUGAAGGACCUGAGAGCCAUCAUUUGCACAGAGUGCCAGCAAGGUCAUCUGACUGAGGGAUGGUUUGUCCUUUUCCUGCCUUUAUAUCGCUGAUGGAGCUGUGAGGAUGGCCAAAGAAAUACCAUAGAACCUUUGAAGAAUGAACUUUCCAAACCACUGGAUUGUUCUGGAGGGAAAAGCCAACGAAGAUCAAACAAAAUCACCCACAGUAAAAUCAGCUGACCUUUUCUCAUUUCAAGGAUUCUGCUUCAGGAGCCAAGGCCAGUCGUGACUUUUUAAGGACCUUGACUACAGAGGACUUUUCUUGGGGAAAAAGGUUCUAGAGAAUAACUUUUGGGCAGCUUAGUAUUAAACCACCUGAAACACGCACCAACUGUUUUAAGUGACAUGGCCAGAAGUGAAAUCAGAAGCAAACAACAAAGACAGGAACGGAUGGAGACCAUUGCUCUUGAGAGGCGUGUUCCUCAGUGCCAUUAUAUCCCUGUCUCCUCCCAGCUCCCCCACUGAUCACUGAGCCAGUCUAGAAAAAUCUGUUGCUGUUUCCUCCAGAAAUUCAGCUUGAAAAACGCUUAGCAGAGUCUUUUUGUUUGUUACUGUAGGUCAUACUUUGAACUCUGUGAGGUGGGGAAGAUACUAUAAAAAGAAUCAGAAUGACUGACCAUGUUACAGUACAAACAGCUACUCUGCAGGUGGUAGGAAUCCAAUAUGCUCAGUGACCUUCCUUGUAUUCAGCAGAUAACUUCAGAUUGAUUCGUGAUCCCAUGGAUUAACUUUCAAGUUCUCACACAAAGACCUUUUAAUUUUGCCCUGGUGGAGUUUUAUUUGAUACAAAACUACAAGUGAAAAACUCUUCCUGUCUGCAUGUAUCUUUUAUAUUACAUGUAGACCCAGGUUGGAUAUCUCUGUCUUUUUUUUUCUUUUUCUUCUGUUUUUAAUCGAAAUGGCUCCGUCUUGGACAGCAGGAGCUUGGACACUGUUGGCAGCAUUGGGUCUUCUUAGCUGCUGUAGUUUUGGCUGGUGUGAGGCCUCAAGGACUAGUGGUUCAACCACGGGAGGGAAUGGAUCAGAGCAAGGACCCUCAUCACUUGAACGAGUUAAGCGAGGAUGGGUGUGGAACCAGUUCUUUGUGGUGGAGGAAUACACGGGCACAGAGCCAUUAUAUGUAGGAAAGAUCCACACAGACUCAGAUGAAGGUGAGGGCAACAUCAAGUACACCAUCUCUGGAGAGGGGGCAGGCACCAUCUUCAUCAUCGAUGAGCUAACGGGAGACAUCCACGCCACAGAGAGACUAGACCGUGAAGAGAAGGCCUUUUACACGCUUCGGGCUCAGGCCCGGGACCGGCUCUCCAACGACCCCCUGGAACCAGAGUCAGAGUUCGUCAUUAAGGUCCAGGACAUAAACGACAGUGAGCCCAAGUUCUUGGAGGGUCCUUACAUCGGCAGUGUGGCGGAGCUGUCACCCAUUGGAACCUCCGUCAUGAAGGUUACUGCGUCAGAUGCUGAUGACCCUACAUACGGCAGCAGCGCCAGAGUGGUGUACAGCGUACUGGAUGGAGAAAAGUUUUUCACUGUCGAUAGACACACAGGAAUCAUCAUGACAGCAGUGGCAGAUUUGGACCGUGAAACGCAGGAUCGUUAUGAGUUGGUCGUCAAGGCAACAGACAUGGCAGGACAAAUGGGCGGUCUCUCCGGCUCCACCACGGUGACCAUAGUGAUCACAGAUGUUAAUGACAACCCGCCGCGCUUCCCACAGAAGAUGUAUCAGUUUUCUGUGUCAGAGGGAGCGGCUGUUGGGACACCAGUUGGGCACGUCAUUGCCACGGACGCAGACAUGGGCGAGAACACAGACAUGAGCUAUCUGAUCAAAGAGGGAUGGGAGCUCUUCAAGGUCACAACUGAUGUGGAGACACAGGAAGCUGUUGUCUCCAUCAAGAAGCCACUGGACUUUGAGAGCAAGCGCACACACAAUGUGGUGGUGGAGGCAGUAAAUAAGCACGUGGACCCCCGCUUCGUUGACCUGGGCUCUUUCCGAGACCAGACCAUCGUCCGGGUCAGCGUGUCGGACAUAGAUGAGCCCCCCAUCUUUCAUCCAGCAGAAGGCGCCAUCAUGGAGGUGCAGGAGGAUGCUAAAGUGGGAGCGCUGGUCGGCAUCGUCACGGCCAGAGAUCCGGAUGUGAAGAAUAAACCUGUCAGGUUCUCCAUUGAUCGGACCACAGACCAGGAGAUGAUAUUCCAUAUUGAUCCUGAUUCAGGAGCCAUCACACUGGGCAAGAUUUUGGACAGAGAGACAGCAGGAUGGCACAACAUCACUGUGAAGGCUGUAGAAGCAGAUAACCACACCAUGGCGUCCCACUCAGCCGUGAGUAUUCGGAUUCUGGAUGUAAACGACAAUCCUCCUGAACUGGCCACACCGUAUGAAGCCUCUAUAUGUGAAGAUGCCAAACCAGGCCAGCUAAUUCACACCAUCAGCGUGGUGGAUCGAGACGAGCCGCAGUCCGGACAUCGCUUCUACUUCACUUUGGCCCCUGAAGCCUCCAGCAAUCGACACUUCACCCUCUGGGAUGUCAAAGACAACACAGCUGGCAUCCGGACCCAGCGGUCAGGCUUUAACCGCCAUGAGCAGAAUGUGUAUUUCCUGCCUAUCCUGGUGGUUGACAGCGGGCCCCCCUCUCUCAGCUCCACAGGCACCCUGACCAUUCGUGUCUGUGGUUGUGACACAGAGGGAGCCAUCCAGUCCUGCAAUGCCACAGCCUAUGUAAUGAGUGCUGCUCUCAGCCCUGGGGCACUUAUAGCACUACUGGUCUGCAUGCUCAUCCUCAUAGUCCUUGUCUUGCUGAUCCUGACCCUGAAACGCCACAGGAAGGGCCAGAGGAUGGCAGAGGACGAGGAGGACAUGAGGGACAAUGUCAUCAAGUACAAUGACGAGGGUGGAGGGGAGCAGGACACCCAAGCAUACGACAUGAGCGCCCUGAGGAACCUCUAUGACUUCCCAGAGGCCAAAAGCUGUGACUCGGGCCCGGACAUCCGCUCACUGCCACAGUGGAUACAGGCCAACCGAGUGAACGGUGGUGGUGGUGGCGGCGCAGAGGGAGCUGCGGCCCCAGCGGCAGACUUCUCCCUGUUCAAAGGCUACAUCCGAAAGAAGGUGGAGCAGGCUGAUGCUGACCUGUCGGUCCCGCCGUACGACUCCUUCCAGACGUACGCCUUUGAGGGCACCAGCUCACCAGCGCUCUCACUCAGCUCCAUCCACACGCUGUCCACCACCUCGGAGCAGGAUUUCUCCUACCUCAGUGACUGGGGACCACGUUUCAGGCAACUGGCGGGCUACUACGCUCCAGGAAACCCUGAGGAGGAAGGGUCCUAGCACAGCUUCUCCUCUGCAGAGAGACGUUUAAACUCCCUCUUCCUCCUCCUUCCUCUCUGCCUCCUCUUUUCACCCUCUGGCACUCUGAGAUCAUCAGAGCCAGCUCUGCGUACUCCUUAAGAACAGAGCAUCGCCUCUUUAUCUCUUUGAAAGAAAGUUCCCAGUGUCAAGGUUUGAACUCAAGUUUUUUAGCACUCUUCUGAUUGGUCCUUGCAAGUUUUCAGACUUUAAGAUGAAAGCUGUGGUGAUGAUAUGAGAGAAAGGAAAGAAAGAGACAACCAGUCACCAAAAUUGCCAUUUAGGCAUGUGUGAAGGGAGGGAUUUCCUCUGCCAAACCAGAAACGAGAAUCCUUAUUUUCAGCUAUGAGACUGUUUUCAGAGUUCAGAGAAUCAGCAUUACAUAGAUAGGCUUAAACCACGCCAAGGCGAACUGUCUGACAAACGUAUUUAUUUAAAGGAGGAAAUAUUUAUGUAUUUAUUAGUUUUUAUGUAUUUAUUUAUUUAUUUACACCAUUAUCACCAUGGUAACUGCAACAAUGAACAAGGGAAGAGAGAAGGACAUUAGAAAAAAAAAAGGAAUGAGAGACAACGCAGAAGAAAGAAAUGGAUCACAGUGGCCGAGGACUCUACACAAUGCUGGCACAGAGGUGACGUCUGGGUAUAUAUAUAAAAGAAAAUUACAUUCGGGAAAAUAUUUGUAUUUAUUUUCUAUGACCACUUUUGUAAAAUAACCAACGUAAUACAGAUAGAUGAAAAAGGCAAAUGGAAAGAAGGGGACAGAUGGAGUAAAAGAACUGCAGAAGAAAAGAGCUGCCAGUUCGGUCUGAACGUUUCAGACUGACGUACUUUUGCUGUAUUUUAGUGAUUUCUAAAAGGUUUUGGGUUGUUUUUUUUCUUUUUUUUUUGGAGGUCACAAACUGAGGACAAUUGUGUGUUAACAAUUUCUUUUCUUAUCCUCUCCACAGCCAAUUGUAAGGCAAUAAGGCACAAACCACAACAGUGAUUUAAGACUAAACAAAAUGACUGUUUCAUGGAAUUGGCUGAUGGCCAGCUUCGUCCCACAGGGAGCCAAUCUUCAUUCCAGAAUUGUGUGCGAAUGUGUACAAUAUGUUCAAUUCAUUUUAUAUCCUGAGAUGUUUGAUUUUGAUAUUUUAUUUCCUUGUGGGGGGAGGGAGGGGGCACCAGUGAUGACAGGAUGGCUGUGUGGAAUUACCAGAGGGGAGAGGUUUAAUGGGUCAGACACGAUGAACAGACUGAUCAGAUCCACCUGUUAUCCACCUAUUCAAUGUUGACCUUAACUUGCAAAUGUAUUGAAAAUUUAAAAAAAAAAGAAAAAGAAAAAAAAAGAUUAAAACAAAUAAAUAUUUAAUUUUUUUUUGGUAAAAACCUACAUCUCCCUGUGUGCACUGAACUACAUCACUGAGUGAAUUACUCAGUGAAUGAGAUGACAAAAGAUGAGGUAAAUAGAGCGUCCAUGUUACUAAUUAUUGUUUGUCACUUGUUUGCUGAAGAUGUCUCCUGAAUUAUGAAUAAUCAUGGAGCUAGUUUGUGUUUACACUGGGGGUAGUUUCAGAGAAUGGUUGUAGAUGGAAACAAACAGACCAUAUGACAGGCCAGAGCCAAACAAAGACUCUCCUCUCAGCGUGGCUCCCUCCUG